AUAACUCUUUUUCAGGAGCCAUCCACUGAGUGGGGAAAGAGUUCCAAAAAUACCCGCAAAAGUACCUCUCAAACAAGAUUGCAUUUCAUGAUUGACCUCGUUGUUCCGUUAUUUGCUUGGGCGCUGCUCUCUGUGGUCACAUGUAAAUUCUGGAAUAAAUGCUAGCAUCCAAUUUGUCACUACAAACAACAAGUUAAAACAGGAUGGAGUCCUCGAUAUGUCGUGUUUGUCUAGUAAAUCACAAAAACAUGUUCGACAUUUUCGAUUCCAAUCAUGAAUCGGGCAUUUCUAUUGGAAAUAUGAUUUAUCAAUGCACUGGCUGUAAGGUGGAAAAAGAUGACCAACUUCCUGAAACCAUUUGCGAAUCCUGCCUGCAGUAUGCCCAGAAUGCCUUCGAUAUUAUUGAAACAUACGAAAGGAGCUACCAGUUCUUCUGCUUCUUUAAUGAUUUAAGGGAAGAGGAAGGCGAUGGUGAAGAAUUAUAUGAGAAAGAAACCACCGAAGGGGCUGAACAAAGUGGAGAUGGUGUCCAAAAAACGAACUGCGAAACAGAUCAGACCGUUUUCCAAACGAAGACAGGCAGUUCUGAUAAGAGAAAAACCGGAAAACGAUCUUUUAAGUGUUCCCUAUGUCCAAAAUCUUAUACUGCUAAAGCAAGUCUUCAAUCACACAUGUGCUCACACACAGGAGAACGCCCCUUCAAGUGUUCCCAAUGUCCCAAGUCUUUUGCAGCUUCUUCGAACCUAAAAGGACACGUGCGAACGCACACAGGCGAUCGACCCUUUAAGUGUUCCCAAUGCCCAAGGUCUUUCAUUCACCUUACAAAUAUGAAACUGCACUUGCGAACCCACACAGGUGAACGACCUUUCAAGUGCUCAGAAUGCCCAAUGGCUUUUAUAAGCAGUUCAAGUCUUCAAUCACACAUCCUCCGACACACAGAAACACGACCCUUCAAGUGUUCCCAAUGUCCAAAGUCUUAUACUGCUAAAGCAAGUCUUCGAACACACAUGCGCUUACACACAGGAGAACGUCCUUACAAGUGUUCCCAAUGUCCCAAGUCAUUUGCACAAUCUUCAAACCUAAAAGGACACUUGCGAACGCACACAGGUGAACGGCCCUUUAAGUGUUCCCAAUGCCCAAAGUCCUUCAAUCAACUUUCAAAUCGAAAAAAGCACUUGCGAGUCCACAUAGGAGAACAGUCUUAGAGUGUUCCCAAGUCCAAAGUCCUUUAAAGAAUCUCCUAUCCUAACUGGAAACCCACACAGGAGAUCGACCGUUAAAGUGUUCUCAAUGUCGAAAGUCUUUCAUUACAUUUUCAAAACGAACGCACACCUAAGAAAACUCAUUUAAUUGAUCUCUGCGUCCAAAGUCCAGUAAGAAUGAUUACCAGUGCUCUAAUUAAUAUUAAACUAAACAAUAUCCUAGUGCUAACGCGUGACCUUUAUAAUCAUUUAAGCUAAGCAAGACGUUUUGUAGACGUUUGAUUAAGAAACGUUAUCACUGUAUUCACACAGAUGCAGAAUUGUUAUCUCAAUACGUGAGCAAAUAAAAAAACAACUAAUAAAUUUAAAAA